AUGAGACGAAGGACGUCAGAGAGGGCCUCGGAGUCCAGCCAGAUCCGCCAUCCCGUAGGGUCUGCUUUCAACAUCCUGCGACAUCUGGCACCUCAGUCCAUCCAGGUCAUCCGGUUCUCCUUUCCCAACACAACACUUAAGGAACGGAUUCAAGCCCAACGCGAUCAGGAUAAUGCAACGCUGGCAGUGCUUGAGUUUCGCCAUCACGUGACGUUCCUGCUACAUCUUGACCCGGACACUCGGCUUGCUACGCUUCAUGCUCCUCGGCCGGGUCGUGGCGAGCGCGACCCCGCUGAAGAAUUCCUGCACCUCGAUGUGGGAGACUGGGACUUCGCAGUGAAGCGGUUUACCGUCCUUUCCGCCGAGGAUUACACCCCAGCAGUGGUGGGCGAGGGUCUGUACCAUAUUUCGGGCCUUCCACCAUCAUCAGAGGACCAUCGCGAUGUAUCGCUGUGGCGACUGAUCUUGCGGCGCAUACUGCCAACCGGUGAUACUCAAGUGACGGAGCAGAUGGAAAUCGACCGUUUCAUCGCUACGCUCGCAACGUCGUCGCGGGGCCAGCCAUUUAAGUACUCUGUUCUCCUCCAAGAGAAACAGCAUCAUGCGGAGGUGUGCGCGCAGGUCUUGCAGGCAGUACAGCACCGCCUGCAACAUGACCAACAGCCACUCGAGGACGCGUUCAGGGAAAAAAGCAAGGAAUGCAACGCGCAAAUGGAAGAACAUGCGCGACUGCGUGGGGAUAUCAAAACCUUUUCUCUAGCCAAUACUAACAGGCUCAAGGCCGCGGUUGAGAAGCUAGAACUGGAAUUGGCGGAGCUGAGUGCACGCCAUGAAAAGUUUGAUUCUCAGACGCGUGGUUUGAAAUGUUGGGCUACCUACACGGACAAGUUCACCAGCAACCUCGACAACCUAGAGUACUGGUCUACAGAAGCAGGAAUGUGCAACCAGAUUGGUGGACUCAUUGGAUACUUCAACCCGGCCACAGAUGUUGCCAGUGCACGAUGGCUGAAGCGAGACGAGACACCCGCAGCGAUGGGCACCAACACCACAUUCCUCCAGAGUCUCGAUGUCGUUGAGACUGACAUGGACGGCAUGAACCUCGAAGAUCUCCAGCUGGAUCCAGAUCUCUUUAUCGAGCUGCACCUCAGCGAUGAGGAGCUGGUCGAGCUGGGCAUGAACGAGGACAUAGUGCUGUUGAAGCAAGAGACGCAGCCCAUCGAGGAACUCGUUGAGCCCAGGCUAAACGAUGCGGACGCCACUGCUGCUGCCUGGGCUCCAACGGCUGUGGUUGAGCUGUCUCAGACGGGUGCUAUCGCGUCCAUUUCAGCUCCCGCUCCCACAGGGCAGAUAUGGCGUGUCAGAAACGUCAAUGCAACCCAUGAGGGGUAG